CCUCCGGCGCGGCCAUUUUGUUUUUCACGGCUCGCCAAGGGUACGCGCUGCUCGGCCGGUGACCAUGGUGCCCGUGGCUAGGGCCGCCCUCAGGCUUGCCGCUCGUGGCAUUCAGCACACUUCAGUAAGACACGCUCAUCGCAAAUACGAACCUGACUUCCAUGAUAAAUAUGGCAACAUGGUCCUCAUCGGUGGAGCUGUAGUCUUUACUGCUGUUUGGGGAUAUGUGUUAACACAAGCUGGAAUUGAGUGGGGCUUGUCACCUGUUGGCAGAGUCACCCCAAAAGAAUGGAAAGAGUAAUUGUCAACAUACAUUAUGAACUGAUCUAAGCUUUCAGUGAAGACAGUGCUCAUGCCAUCAAUGUAAUGGCAUUUGUUUCCUGAUAACCACUUGUAUUGUGGCAUUCCUUGAUGUAAUAAACRUAUCUGGAAAC